GUUGCCUACGUUAGCGUUUUAGCUUAUUUUAAUGCUAAUACCCUAUUUAGAUGUGGUAAAACCUAGUAUUAUCUGAUAAUUUGUUUCUCUAAAAUAUAUAUAAUUGAGCGAAUAAGUUCGCUUAAACUUCAAUUAUGGCUUCGAGUGAAGGGCGAAGUGCUCAGUCAAACUUGCAUCAGCAAGACCUAACCAAAUUGGAUGUUACCAAACUAUCUGCCUUAUCCCCUGAAGUAAUAUCAAGGCAAGCAACAAUAAACAUUGGUACCAUUGGGCAUGUAGCCCAUGGAAAGUCCACUGUUGUAAAGGCUAUCUCUGGAGUGCAGACUGUACGAUUUAAAAAUGAACUGGAGAGGAACAUUACCAUCAAGUUAGGUUACGCUAACGCGAAAAUCUACAAAUGUGACAACCCAAAAUGUCCGCGACCCACGAGCUUCAUAUCGGGCGGUUCAUCGAAGGACGACAGCUUCCCGUGCCUGAGACCUGCUUGCACUGGCCGGUUCCAGUUGGUCCGUCAUGUGAGCUUUGUCGACUGCCCUGGGCACGACAUUCUUAUGGCCACCAUGCUUAACGGAGCUGCGGUUAUGGACGCCGCAUUACUUCUUAUCGCAGGGAACGAAUCCUGCCCCCAGCCGCAGACAAGUGAACACUUGGCUGCCAUCGAGAUUAUGAAACUUAAACAUAUACUCAUAUUGCAAAACAAGAUUGAUUUGGUAAAGGAAGGCCAGGCAAAGGAGCAACAUGAACAAAUCGUCAAAUUCGUGCAGGGCACUGUAGCUGAGGGCGCUCCUAUCAUACCUAUUUCAGCUCAGUUGAAGUAUAAUAUUGAGGUGUUAUGUGAGUACAUCACAAAGAAGAUCCCGGUACCGUUGAGAGACUUCUCGUCGCCUCCUCGGAUGAUAGUCAUUCGUUCGUUUGACGUCAACAAACCUGGUUGUGAGGUCCGAGAUCUGAGGGGAGGUGUCGCCGGUGGCUCCAUUCUGCAGGGAGUGCUUACAGUUGGCAUGGAAAUUGAGGUUCGACCAGGUUUAGUGAGCAAGGAUGCUGACGGUAAACUUACAUGCCGUCCCAUUUUCUCCCAUGUAUCGCUAUUCGCUGAACAGAACGAGCUUCAAUAUGCUGUACCUGGAGGUCUUAUUGGUGUCGGUACUAAAAUUGAACCUACUUUAUGUCGUGCUGAUCGUCUUGUUGGUCAGGUACUUGGCGCUGUUGGAGCUCUGCCGGGAAUUUUCGUAAAGCUUGAAGUUUCGUACUACCUAUUGAAACGUUUACUCGGAGUGCGCACUGAAGGUGACAAGAAAGCAGCCAAAGUCCAGAAAUUGACUAAGAACGAGGUGUUACUGGUUAACAUUGGAUCUUUGAGUACUGGAGGCAGAGUAAUUGCUACUAAGGCUGAUUUGGCUAAAAUAGCUCUUACCAACCCUGUGUGCACAGAAAUCGGAGAGAAAGUUGCCCUCAGCAGAAGAGUAGAAAAUCACUGGAGAUUGAUUGGCUGGGGUCAAAUUCAAGGUGGAGAAACAAUCGAACCAGCGAAGAAUUAAUGUUAUGUAUUUUACUUUUAUACAUUGAACUAUUAUAUGUAUUUAAUAAAAGCAAAUAUAAAUGUAAAUAAAA